UGUCAAAAGUUUGGAAAUUCUAAAUGGGCGUUACUGUGGCCAAUUCCUCAUCGAGGGACUCGGCAACAUUGCAUACAUUAAACAUUUUGCUUGGGUGUGUCACAUAAAAAGAAAAGCAGAGUUACUAUUACAAUUUUCAAUUUGGGCCGUACAUUUCUAAAAGAACAUGAAACGUAUCCAUAUUUUCAGCACAGAGACAGCGACGUGUACAUGAAGAAAUUGAAAUUCUAAAAAUAUAAAAUAGCAAAAGCAUUGACUUAACGUGACUUGUCAAUGACUCGAUGAUGGAGUCACAAGAUGCAAACAUAAAACAACAAAGAGGGAAAAAAAACAGCAAUGAACAAAAUGGUGAGAGUUUGGCACUGUCCAUCACGCGUUCGACCUGGAAAAGUCACUGGAAUCUUGUGCUAAAUUGUGUUGUUGCAGUAAUCCGUGCAUAUUCAAGCCUUUUUGUCCAACUGGCCACGAGUCUUUCACAUCUCUGUGGAGAUAUUUUUCAAGAUGGCGCCUGCCCGUGUGGACGCCUCGGUUACGCGCGCUCUACUAUUGUUUGUUUGUGUCUUUUUCGUUCAUCUUUGGAGACAUUACGCAACUCACUUACACAAGGGGAGACCUGCUAAAUAGUCAAGGAGUCUACCCCGGACUUUCUUUCACCGACUUUUUGCAAAUCCGCUCAGUUUUUCCCCCGAGUUACUCAUCGGAGCAGCGACCGCGGUCUUUGGCGCAUGGAGACGGAGGCGACGCCACAGAGGGAAGCGAGCCGCCAUCCAGGUGAGGCUACGCAAGAGAGGAUAUAGAUUGGCGUUUCCGUCCAUCCACCUCCCGAAUCUACGCUCCAUACCCAACAAAAUGGACGAGCUUCAUCUUCUGUUAAAGACCAAUAAAGACUUCGGACGUUCCGCCGCCAUGUGCUUUACGGAGACUUGGCUUUGCGACGCCGUACCCGAUGGCGCCCUCAAGCUUGCCGGCUUCCAUCUUCACCGGGCAGACCGCGACAUAGAAUCAUCGGGGUAACCAAAAGGCGGCGGGAUAUGCUUCUAUAUCAGUGAAAAAUGGUGUACGGACGUCACGGAGCUCAGCACACACCGCAGCCCGCAUUUGGAGUCGCUGUUUUUGAACUACGGUGUUGAAGGAAGGGGACCUGAUGAAGCAGACCAGUUCUUUCCAGCGCUGGAAGAGAAGAUAUUUCAAACUGAGGGGACGAACGCUUUACUACGCGCAGAACGCUAAGUCCAUCAUCUUCGACGAAGUGGACUUGACGGACGCCAGCGUGGCCGAAUCCAGCACCAAGAAUGUCAACAACAGCUUCACGGUGAUCACCCCGUGCAGGCGUCUGAUCCUGUGCGCAGACAACCGUAAGGAGAUGGAGGAGUGGAUCUCGGCUUUGCGGAGCGUUCAAAACCGACAGAACUAUGAGUCUACCCAGUACAGCAUGGACCAUUUCAGCGGUAUGCACAACUGGUACGCGUGCUCACACGCUCGGCCCACUUACUGCAACGUGUGCAGGGAAGCGUUGUCAGGGGUCACCUCACACGGACUCUCCUGUGAAGUGUGUAAAUUCAAGGCUCACAAGCGUUGCGCGGUCCGAGCCACCAACAACUGCAAAUGGACCACGCUGGCGUCCAUCGGGAAGGACAUCGUCGAGGACGAGGACGGGGUGCGGAUGCCUCACCAAUGGCUGGAGGGCAACCUGCCCGUGUCGGCCAAGUGCAGCGCGUGCGACAAAACGUGCGGCAGCGUCUUACGGCUGCAAGACUGGCGAUGUCUCUGGUGUAAAGCCAUGGUGCACUCGGGCUGUCGGGAGCACCUGUCCGUCAAGUGUCCGCUGGGCCAGUGCAAAGUGUCCGUCAUCCCGCCCACGGCGCUCAACAGCAUCGACUCUGACGGCUUCUGGAAAGCGUCGUGUCCUCCGUCGUGCACCAGCCCUCUCCUGGUCUUCGUCAACUCCAAGAGCGGCGACAACCAGGGUGUCAAGUUCCUGCGGCGCUUCAAGCAGCUGCUGAAUCCCGCGCAGGUUUUUGACCUGAUGAACGGAGGACCUCACUUGGGGCUGCGUCUCUUCCAGAAGUUUGACACCUUCAGGAUUCUGGUGUGCGGCGGCGACGGCAGCGUCGGUUGGGUUCUGUCUGAGAUCGAUGCGCUCACGCUGCACAAACAGUGUCAGCUGGGGGUUCUGCCUCUGGGAACCGGCAACGAUCUGGCCCGGGUUCUGGGCUGGGGGUCCGCCUGCGACGACGACGCCCAACUACCUCAAAUACUGGAGAAACUGGAGCGGGCCAGCACCAAGAUGCUCGACAGGUGGAGUAUCAUGGUGUAUGAGAGCAAGUUUCCACGGCAACACUCCACGUCCACCAUGGCCGAGGACUGCACCGAUGACUCGGAGGUGCAGCAGAUCCUCACUUACGAAGAUUCUGUCGCUGUUCACCUCUCCAAGAUUCUGACGUCGGACCAGCACUCUGUGGUCAUUUCCUCCGCCAAGGUUCUGUGUGAGACGGUCAAGGACUUCGUGGCCCGGGUGGGGAAGGCCUACGAGAAGAACACGGAGCGCUCGGAGGAGUCGGACGUCAUGGCCAAGAAGUGUGGUCUCCUGAAGGAAAAGUUGGACCUUCUCCUGUGGACUCUGACUGAGGAGUCCAAGGCGUCCUGUCUCGCGACCUCUCCUCUUCCCCCCGCUUCCAUCGUUGAGGAUCAGGAAGAAGGGGGCCCGCCGGCCUUCCCGUUGCCCCUCCGCCGCACGCCCCCCGGCCCCGCCCUCGACUCCGCCCCUUGCUCCCCGCGCUCGCCGCCCUCUGUGGGGGCGGCCGUCUUUAAACCUCGCGAGCAGCUGAUGCUUCGGGCGAACAGCCUGAAGAAGGUCAUACGGCAGAUCAUCGAACACACGGAGAAAGCCGUGGACGACCAGAACGCUCAGACCGCGUCCCUGUUCUCUCUGGGUGUGGUGAAGGUGGACGGCGGCCUGGCGGAGGAGGAAGAGGACGAGGAUGACAAGAUGGCGGCGGACGGCGCCAAAGAGCGCGCGGCUCGCAGAGCCAGUAAGACACCGUGCGAGAGGCUGAUGAGCAAAGGCAGCCUAUCGCUAGGCAGCUCCGUAUCACUUCCUGUCCACGCAGGAAGUCGAGACAAUAUGCCAAUGCUCAACACCAAGAUCCUCUAUCCCGGUUUGAGGGCCGGUGUGUCAUCUUCCCUGUCUCACAGUUCAGUCAUCAGUCAACUGCUGCUCAACGCCGAGUCGUUUGCGUCAUGCGACCCCGAAAACAUGGAGUGCUACAGUGAGAAGUGUGUGAUGAAUAAUUACUUUGGCAUCGGUCUGGACGCCAAAAUUUCCCUGGACUUCAACAACAAGAGAGACGAACAUCCUGAGAAGUGCAGGAGUCGCACCAAAAACAUGAUGUGGUACGGCGUUCUGGGAACCAAAGAGUUGCUGCACAGGACCUACAAGAACCUGGAACAGAGAGUUCUGCUGGAGUGUGACGGGCGGCCGAUCCCCCUCCCCAGCCUGCAGGGCAUCGCCGUGUUGAACAUUCCCAGUUACGCUGGCGGGACAAACUUCUGGGGAGGAACCAAAGAAGACGACACCUUCACCGCUCCGUCUUUUGAUGACAAAAUUCUGGAGGUGGUGGCCGUGUUUGGCAGCAUGCAGAUGGCUGUGUCCAGAGUCAUCAACCUGCAACACCACCGCAUUGCACAGUGUCGCACGGUGAAGAUCGCCAUCCUGGGGGACGAGGGCGUUCCGGUCCAGGUGGACGGCGAGGCCUGGAUUCAGCCUCCGGGCUACAUCAAGAUUCUCCACAAGAACCGCAGCCAGACGCUCACCAGGGACCGCGCCUUCGAGAGCACUUUGAAGUCAUGGGAGGACAAACAAAAGUGCGAAUUUCCUCGGGAUCCGAUCGCUCCGGCGCCGCUCGGCAACCGUCCGGAGAUGCUCUCCGAGGAAGAGGCGUCGCUCGUACGAGACUUUGCUCAGGCGGCAGGAGUCCUCAUCGGCAGUAUCUGCCAGCUGGCUCAGAGUCACCGCAAUCUGGAACAGGAACUCGCUCACGCCGUCAACGCCAGCUCCAAGUCCAUGGACCUGGUCUACGCCCAGUCCGGCAGCAUUGGGACGCUGAGCUGCGGCGCCGUGGUGUUGAUGGUGAAGGACGUGAAAGCGCUGCUCAGCGAGACGGAACUGCUCCUCGCCGGAAAAAUGUCCAUGGCGUUGGACAUGGCCCAACAGGAGCAGCUGAACUGCGCCCUGAGUUGCGUGUGUCAGCAUCUGGACGGACUUGUGGAAGUCCCGUGGUUGAACCUCGCCCUCAACCCGGCAGACCAGCAGGAUGCCCUGUGCGACUCCGCCAAGCCCAGUCGCGGCGCCAAAUUCCGAUUGGUCCCCAAGUUUAAAAAGGACAAAAACAACAAAGUCAAAGAGACUCACAGCUCUCUCACUCUGCCAGUUCACCAGUGGGGCACCGAGGAGGUCGGGGCCUGGCUGGACUUCCUGUGUCUGUCCGAGUACAAAGACAUCUUCAGCCGACACGACGUGCGAGGGAGCGAACUGCUGCACCUGGAGAGGCGAGACCUCAAGGACCUGGGUGUGAGCAAGGUGGGCCACAUGAAGAGAAUCCUUCAGGGCAUCCGAGAACUGAGCCGCAACAGCAGCGCCAGCGAGGCCUGAGCUCCGCCUCCGGAGCCUAAACUCCCCCCCCCCCCCCCCACAGCAGCCGUCUCCUGUUGCCUAGCGCCCGGCGCCACCUCCCGCCCGUGAUGUCACGUGUGUGCCUUGUCAUGUGACCAGUCAGCAUCAAGUUCACUGAACACGUGAACUACUUUUUUUAUUAUUAUUUAUUUACAUUCCCAUAAUCUUAACUCGCUCAUUAUUUAUAUUUUACCUUUCUAAAUGGAGUCUUUUUAGUGCAAGUUGCAGAGAAGAACAUUCGAAACUUUCAUGAUCAGAAGUGAAUUUUACUAAAAAUAUAUAUUUUGGUCAAGAUA